CUGAUUUUUUUUCAGGAAAAAUGCGCAAAUUCGAAAAAUGGCGAUUUUGAUUGAUUGUAAGGCCCUCGGCGUCAAUUGAAAUGGCCACAAAAUCUGUUGAUGGGAGCAGCAAUGGCCCAAAUCCUAAUAUUGUAAGAAAAUGUAGUGGACCGGAAACUGCUUUCAACAAUAUUUCGAACAACGGUGGAGCUACUAUAGGAUGUGUGAUGCAAAUAAACACGGGUCGCGCUAUUUCGAGUGGUGACUUGUUGUCUUUAUUCGAUUUGCUGUACCAAAAGUACGAGAUUUUAAGAUUACGGUUUACAUUGAAAAACAAGAUACUUUAUUGGUGUGAAGCACCUAAAGAAGACACUUUCAAUGUCAAAAUUGUUGAUACCAUCAAUGAGAAAAAGAGUUUCACAGAUACCUUUUUGGGCGAGGAGCUUUGUACUCUUUCACCGCAUGGUACAAGCCUGUGGUCGAUAAAUUUUGGACCGUUGGCAGAAACUCGUAAUCCGUCAGAUGAAGUGCCUUCACGUUACAGUAGCUUCUUGAUUAGCUUCCGCUGCAACCAUGGUUUCCUAGACGGCAUUGGAGUAAUGUCACUGUUCCAGGACUUUGGGAACAUAAUAAGCGAAUUCGUGGCGACUCGUAAGAUGCCAGAGUUUGAACCGAUCGCGUUGUCUGCGCCUUACGAAGAUUUAGUGCCGGAAGCAAAAUUUGUAUGGGUGUUGCGCCAGUUUGCAUCCGUUGGGAUUCGCUUCGUGGAAACUUUCGCUUCUGUGAAGAAAAGUCUGCCGAACUACUACCCUGUGCGAAACAUGCUGCGUCUGGAUAAGUUCAAGCCCAGAGGUUGGACAAAUCACAAUGCGAGAGAAAUGGCUGGACUAUCUGGAGUUUCCCAUCAGUAUUUCUUGCUGGAGGAACGACAGUUGGAACUGUUCCAGAAGUUUCGAAAGGAACACAAGCUGUCGUUCAGUGGGUUCCUUAUGUCUCUUCUAGCUAUGGGUAUGAUGAAGUACGCCUUCAAAGGGUUCGACUGGCCGAGUAAACUGAUGGCCUUCGAUUGCCUCAGGGACACGCGCAUGUAUUUCAAGGAUAGUUAUUCUAACAGAACCAAGUACGUGACGAACUACAUUGGAGCCACGAUGCCCGUUCUGUUUCUUGCGCGCUCUUUCAAUGAGAAGAAAUACAGAAACAGGAGCAGAAGAAGAUCCACCUCAGCUACAGAUGCGCCCAACUCGAACGAUGUUGGAAGUCCUGCUGGACAUAGUGCAACCUCACAGAACCUUAGCUUCAUAGCUGAUUGCCUUAUAGACUACUCCAAAUCACACGCCAAAUUCAUAACCGAUGUUAUUCGGAAGCGAUCGGCUAGUAUGGUGACGUUGAAGUCUGUUGCAUAUUACCUACAGGCAUUUGCAGACCCAGUUAAAGCCAAACGAUUGUUCAGCUUCAUCAAAAGCAAAGACUUCGCAGAAGGUAGAAGCUCGUUUGCCGGCUUUUCCAACCUGGGCAGAGUUGAUUCGGAUCCAAAACAUGUGGAAAUCCAGUCUCUGGUCGCAGCAAUUGAUAUAUCGAGAUUCAUUUACUGUAUAAACUUCAUUGUAGUGACCAUUAAGAACAAGGUACAUAUUACUAUGAGCUACCCUACGGCCAUGUAUACGGACGAAUCAAUGGCGGAGUUGAGCAGUGCAAUUCAAGAGGUGGUGUCUCUAGUUUUGAAUAGAUACGAGGGACUGAAGUUAGCAGCAGCGAGAGACGAUAAAAGUGGAGAAAUUGUAAAUUCAGAGGUGGCCGAAUCAGUCGGAGCUACUACCUCAAAAUCCGCCUCAGGAAUUAGUGGCCAAAUGUUUGUUUCCACGUCGAAAGAACACAGCAAGACUUCCUCUGUGAUUAGUCAAGGCGACGAUACGAAGAAAAAGGCAUACGGGGGGCUGCUGGAACUGCCAGUAGAUGACUCAGAUGAUUUCACGCAAGCUGCAGAUUAAAUCAAGAUGCCAAGACACCAUAAUUUUUUUGCUAUACGAAACUCUGACUCUAAAAGGCAAAGGGACCAAAAAAGAGCUUUACAAUCUAUUUGGUGCAAUCAGUUGAAAGAGCAAUCAAUAAGUGUGUAAAUAGCCGAAAUUCAAAUUCAAAAUUUGGUAAUAAUAAUUUGUAAUUUAUUCGGCCGGCCAAUGAAAGUUGGACCAUCCGUUAUUAUCUAUUCACCGAUGGCAUGUCAGUAAAACGGAAAUUCCUUUUUUAUUGUACCAUUAUUAGAGAUUGGUCGCGUAUGAUAAACU